GUUCUUCCCUCCGCGAGGGCGUGAUUUCCUUCUCCACAGUUCGAGACCGGGAGGCGUGAGGAGCGCUGUCGCGGCCGCCGGCUCAACAGGACCAGGAGACAAGCCCCAGUCUGUGUCGUUCCAGGUGUCUGCAUCACCAGCAUCCUGCCCACACAUCUUGCUGUUGUCCCUAGCUGAAGAGUCAUCAUGCCUCGUGGUCAUAAGAAUAAGCGCCAUGCCCGGAAGAAACGCCACCAGGCCCGAGGUGAGGCUCAGGCUUGUGGAGGUGUUCAGGAAACAGUAGAGGAACCACAAGAGGCAGCAGAAAAGUCCUCUGCUGCUUCCCAGACCCAGCCUGAGGCUGAGUCUUCCAGCACUCCCGAGGCUCCUCAGAAAGCAACACCAUCUGCCUCAAGCACUCUGAGUAUUUCUUCCUCUGAAUCACGUGAGAAUUCCUGUGGGGAAAGUGAAGAAUUCCAGGAAAAGGAAUCCCCCGUUGAGGACCAGCCCUGCACCAUCCGUCCUCACCAAGAUAUGGUAGCAAGAAAGGUAAUAGUGCUCUUACAGCACCUGCUCCACAACUUUAAUUUGAGGCAGCUUACUACUAAGGAAGGCAUGCUGAAGGUUAUCACCAAGAAGUAUGAAGACGACUUCCCUGAGAUCUUCAGGAAAGCCUCUCAGAAGCUCGAAGAUGCCUUUGCAGUGGAAGUGAGAGAAGUCAACUCCAGUGAGCCCUCAUACAACCUCAUCAGCAAGCUGAAGCUCCCCAACAAUGGAGGAUUCGUGCUGGCAAAGGCUUUCCCAAGACUGCUUUUGUGA